AGGCAACGGCCACGCAUAGGACUAAUAAAGCAAACGUUUGGGCAGAGGCGAGCCAGUCGUGGACGCGAUAGAACGGCGCCGCAGGCAUCAAAUUUUGUACGCCCAGGCCACGCAACGGUGAUGUGGGACACAUCCCGCAACGGGCAAUGCAACAACCCCAACGUUAUAUACCGUCUGUAUCUGAUCUAUAUGGCACGGACGAGAUAGAACUGCUGCUGGACGAGAUACGUGAGCUGGAGCUGGAGCCGGUCUGCUGUCAGCUGGACGAUGAGCAGGACUUUGAAAUAGCUGGCAGCAGAGCCGGCGAGCUCUCGCUCUCACUCGAAUCGCCGCUGGGCACGUGCACCUCCUGGGACUCGCACGCCAACUACAAACAGCAACAACAAACGCCGCUGCCAUGGGGCGUCGCCCUACACUGUGAUCCGCAACACUUGAAAACGCCUACAGGGAUUGUGCGCAUACUACUGGUGUUAUCCUCGGCCGUCUGCCUUGCCUGCGAGUGCUCCGCGGGCACCGUGCAGGUGGGCCUCUUUCUACUGCCACUCAUCGGGCGCCUCAGGCUGAUGGUCUUCUGUGCGCUCUUCUCGCUACUCAUCACAUGCCUCAUGAUCUUUCUCGAUAUAUCGCACAUAGCGCUAAUGUUCCCAUUCAACUGGACGAAGGUGAACACGUGGAUGUACCUGAGCAUUGGUUUAAUAUUUAUUUUGAGCUCCACGCUGCUCGUCCACAUGGUGCUCUAUGCGACCGAGUACACCUGGGUAUCCAAGCACUCCAAGGACACGUUACUAGCCACAGGCCUAAUUGGCUACAUUUGCGCCUUGGAGGCGCUCCUCUUGUCGGGCAUCGCCUCCUGGCCCUGGUCGCAGUAUCGCCAGGUGCCCGACGAUGCCAGCGAACUGUUUAUCGAGGAUCGCGAAAUGACGCCGAUGAGCCCCAUCAACAGCACCGAUCUCCAGCUACAGCCAGACACUGGCCACAAUCUGACGCCCUAUCAGCACAGCAGCCAGACCAAUGGCAAUGCAACGGCGCCCGAUGCAUACAACCAACAACAACAACAACAAUCGUCCUAUAAUCAAAAGCCUUAUAUACCUGCCAAACGACCCAAUGAGCUUAAUCAGCGUCCGACAUUGGGUCACACACAAACCGCACGGAUAAAACCGAAUCAGCGUUAUCGCGAGGGCUAUCACUACCAGCCGGUUGCCACGUCCACGUCCCGCCAGAGUCCCACGUUCGUUGUGGGAGAUGAUCUGGGUGCCGGUCCAUCCACAUCCCGUUCCAAUGAUAAUUCUAGUGCGUGAUAGUUUUUAUUCCUCAGCGACAAGAGCAACAACAAAUUUAUAUAACAAACACUUUGUCCACAAGAAUAAUGUUGAGGUUGCAUUUUGGUCAAUGUAAAACAAAGAGAGAAGAAAACAAAGAAAA